AUGACUAGUAAGUCAUUUACGCUACCUAAACAUCCCUAUCUUCUAAGCUGCAAAGAACACAUCAUCAAAGUCAACAAGUUGGAAGAAGGCAGACUGGAGGACAGCAAGUUACAAACUAGGAGAAGCCCCCAUACAUGCAGAAAUCUUGAUGGGAGAGGUUUCAUCCUAAAGAAUAUUGUUCAGUCCUGGUUGAUUGUCCUAUCACACUGCAAAAAACGGGAGCGGAGGGAAGGGUUUGGCCGUGAACUUAGUCGCCACGGGAGGCGCAGUCCCAAAGGCCAGCAGCUUCGGCUCGGGUCUCCGCAGACCCGGGUCUGCAAGCGGGCGCUAGCACUCCGCCCCAAGCUUCGGGGUGGGGCCAGAAGGGCGCAGGCGCAAUGCGCAGCGGAAGUAGCGACUCGGGAAAUUAGAAGGAAGGAAAGGGGCCUGCCGGCCGGGCUCCGCAAAGGGCACUGCGCUCCUCCUCCGAGGCUUCCUCCACCUCAGGGAAGCUCCGGGCGGCCGCACGUGCCUCCCUGCCCAGGCUCCUCCCCUUCCCUCCCCCUGCCCGGGAGCGGCCGCGGGCUGCUUUCCUCUCCUCCAGCCGAGAUGGCGCUCGACCCCGCAGAGCAGCAUCUCAGACAUGUCGAAAAGGAUGUUUUGAUCCCUAAAAUAAUGAGAGAGAAAGCCCGAGAGAGAUGUUCUGAACAAGUUCAAGAUAUAUCUAAGACACCUGAAAAGGUACAUCUAAGAUUUUACCAAAUGUUGCAAGGACUCUGGAAUCCUUAUGGUAGUAAAAUGCCGAAAAGAAAAUUCUGCAUUGAAAGAAUGUCUAACUGCUCAUUAUAAUGAUCCAGCCUUUUAUGAAGAAUGCAAAAUGGAAUACCUGAAGGAAAGGGAA